GGGUAUGAUUCUCGUUCGAGUUUGCCCACCUCAGCCGAAAUCCACACUUACGUGGUUGCGUUGAGCGGAAAGGCCUAGCAUGUAUGCGAGUGCCCCCGGGAAUCUGUCCUCUAUUGUUGACGAUUUUUUUCAUGACCAUUGAAAAUACGCAUGAAUGAUCUCCAUUCUAAAAGAACCAAUCAGGUUGCCCGGCUUAAACGGUAUUGAAUCUUGCAAGUUGUGUUAUGGCUGCCGCAAAUGGGACUGUGAAACGUCGCCGUGGAAGGCCGAGCGGCAGAACUGCUCGUUUCCGAAAGGUGGCACUUCGCGACACAACUUUUGAGAUAUGGCGUGAAUUAAAGACAGAGCUUGGCUUCUACACAGAUGACAACUUGGCAUGUGCUUUGAUGCAUUCAUACAGGGAACAGGCGCUCAGAGGAUUCACGUUGAAAGGUAAUAAACAACGAGAUGGUUUUCCAACGGAAACAUCGUCGCAUGUUCGUAUACUGCCGAGAGCGGAGGAAGAGCAACGAACAAGGCAACAUGAAACAGGAACGAACAGUAAUAUGGCUUCAGUAAUACAAGCAAGAGGAUUCACAUUAAAAGCCAAUAAACAACAAGAUGGUCUUCCAACGGAAAUGUCGACGCGUUAUCGCUUGUUGUUGCCGAGAGAGGAUGGAAAGCAACAGACAAGGCAAACCCAAACAUGCCCAACCAGAAAUAUUGCACCAGCAAAACAAGCAAGAGAGGACUCACAUUAAAAGUUUAUCACGCACAAGAUGGUCUUCCAACGGAAACGUCGACACCUAUUUGCAUAUUGCCGAGAGAGGAAGGAGAGCAUCGAGCAAGACAAACUGAAACAGGAUCGAACAGAAAUACGGCUUCAGUAAUACAAGCAAGAGGAUUCACAUUGAAUGAUAAUGGACAACGAGAUGGUUUUCCAACGGAAACGUCGUCCCAUGUUCGUUUAUUGCCGAGAGCGGAAGAAGAGCAACAAACAAGGCAACCUGAAAUAGGAUCAAACAGUAAUAUGGCCUUAGUUAUACAAGCAACCCUCCAAAAUAUGAAAAAAGAAGAUGAUUUAUAAGUGGACAUGGAGUCAGGUGAUUCGGUCAUUGGAAAAAACAAAAUGGCCUGGACCAGAGGUGCACCUAAGACUUUUAGCGCUGCAGACGAAGUACCAAAAAGACCGAAAGAUAACAUAACAUAUCCUUAUGAUGUCAUGUCAUGUCAUGUCAUGUCAUGUCAUGUCAUGUCAUGUCAUGUCAUGUCAUGUCAUGUCAUGUCAUGUCAUGUCAUGUCAUGUCGUCUAGAAAAUCGUCUCUUAAAUUGUCACUAAAAGUGUUGUCUAGAAAACUCCCUCUAAAGGAAAUAUAGUUAGACAGGAUUUCUUCAUUUAUAAGACAAGUGAGGUCGAUUUGAAACAUUUCGUAUUUCCUAUACUCUACCGUCAUUUGUAAGAGAAAUCCAAGAGGUGAUAAAUCGUACUCUCCCUUUCCAUUGCUGAAAACGUUUCACUGUAAUUUUGUAUCGGUAUAUGCUUUUAAGAAAGAACAUUUAUUCUUGAGAUUUUGAUAGAAAAAUGUCAAAUUAGGUAUCUUUUUCUGUGUGUCGCAUUCUGCAAAUAGAAGACUUCUUAUAGGAAAUAAGAUGUAUGAAAACCAUGCUUUUUUCCAAACAGAAUAGAGUAUAUGAAUAUACUACUGGCAACAACGAUCAGACACAGUUUCCUUGCUUUCUUGAUCACAGGUUAGCGAUUGCCUAGAAAAAUGCAGAAAUAGACGGGAACAAACAUAUUCGACUUUCGUUAGCAAAUUCAAUUUCUC